AGAACGUUCUUAGGAGACACAUGCCGAAGUAUUUAUAAAAGACAGCCGUAGCUCAGUUGUACGGGCAGCACAACUAUAAUAGCCUCGCCCCUUCGGCACCAGAUUCACGCGUGCGCGCAGUACAUUUCCACUCCGGAGACUUAUUUGGCGCGCUGGAGAGUUAGAUUGGGCCCGAGAGGCGGAAAUGCGCCACCGCUGGUUCCGGUGAGCGCGUCGACUACGAGAGCGACGGGAUGGAGGAGGUGCCUCAUGACUGUCCCGGGGCCGACAGCGCCCAAGCGGGCCGAGGGACCUCGUGUCAGGGAUGCCCCAACCAGCGGCUGUGUGCUUCUGGAGCCGGCGCCGCUGCGGACCCGGCCAUAGAGGAAAUCAAAGAGAAAAUGAAGAUGGUGAAACACAAAAUCUUGGUGUUGUCUGGGAAAGGCGGCGUUGGGAAAAGCACUUUCAGUGCCCACCUUGCCCAUGGCCUCGCAGAGGAUGAAAACACACAGGUCGCCCUUCUGGACAUCGAUAUAUGUGGGCCCUCUAUUCCCAAGAUCAUGGGAUUGGAAGGAGAACAGGUUCACCAGAGUGGCUCGGGCUGGUCUCCAGUGUACGUGGAAGAUAACCUGGGGGUGAUGUCUGUGGGUUUCCUGCUCAGCAGCCCUGAUGAUGCUGUUAUCUGGAGGGGACCGAAGAAAAACGGCAUGAUCAAGCAGUUCCUGCGGGACGUGGACUGGGGGGAUGUGGACUAUCUGCUUGUGGACACGCCGCCCGGCACAUCCGAUGAACACCUCUCAGUUGUCCAGUAUCUGGCUGCAGCACACAUCGAUGGGGCAGUGAUCAUCACUACCCCUCAGGAGAUAUCACUCCAGGAUGUCCGGAAAGAAAUCAACUUUUGCCGGAAGGUGAAGCUGCCCAUCAUCGGGGUGGUGGAGAACAUGAGUGGCUUUGUCUGCCCCAGGUGUAAGAAAGAAUCUCAGAUCUUCCCCCCAACAAGUGGGGGUGCGGAGUCCAUGUGUCAAGACCUGAAGAUCCCUCUACUUGGCAAAGUGCCUCUGGAUCCACACAUAGGUAAGAGCUGUGACAAAGGCCAGUCUUUCUUCGUUGAAGCCCCAGAUUCACCAGCCACAUUAGCCUACAGAAGUAUAAUUCAAAGAAUCCAAGAGUUUUGUAGUCCCCAUCAGACAAAAGAAGAGAACCUCAUCAGUUCCUAAAGCAUGUUGAGGACCAAGCAGUUCCCGGGUCAUGGAACCUGCCAGCAGCACAUCCAAGCACACUUGAGUAGCUUGGGGACAGGUGGGGGCCAGAAGGGACCAGAUGCUGACAUGCUUGGAAGUGACCUUCUCAGAGACACUUGAACCAUUUACUGUCCACUCUCUGUAGAACAUGGCUGCAGGGUCUUCUUUGCACACAUGCCAUUUUAAAAUAAAAACAGCUCCUCGAACCUCA